AUGGAAGACGCUAGGCCUAUUGCACGAGCAAUAUUGACUCGACGUAUCUUAAAUAGAUCUUACAUCAUUGCAAGCGAAGUCAUGACAGACCUUUUAAAUUCUCAGUUAAAACGGAUAAUGACCUUUCGAUCUCAAGGAAAUCCUCAAGGAGUAGAGAAUAUUGGUGUGGGAGUGCUUCCAAUUGAAAUGGAUCGGAGCAGCGAAGACCAGGAAACGACAACGAUAGGUAAUAAAAGACCAGACUUUUUAUGUUGGACGAACGGUGUGCUUCUUUUAAAAGGCGAAGAGGAUGUUGAUUUUCCAGUUGCUCAUGGUAGUGAAGGUGGAUUAGAAAUAUCUGAACAUUUGAAGGAUUGGGACAAUGCAACGCUCACGAAGAAUAAUGAGUAUACGGUACAAUCUGAUUUGUAUCAAUUUGGAAAGAUGGGUGGAAAGAAAUUUUAG